AUGUCCCCACAGUUGGCGUUUCCAAGGGAAAUUUUGGCACAAGUCACGGCUUCAUUCUGCAUCUUCCACUUUUCUUCAUUUAAAGGUUUCAAGAGGAAGUACAGCCAUGGAAGUGAAAGCAGCCAGCAGCUUUGUCAGUUUGUGAUCAGCUUCAGUGAAUCUGAUGGAAACAAAACACAGGUGACUGAGUUUGUUCUCACAGGACUUACAGAUCGUCCAGGGCUGCAGGUCCCCCUGUUCCUGGUGUUCUUGGUCAUCUACCUCACCACCAUGGUGGGCAACCUCGGACUGAUUUUUCUCAUCUGGAAGGACCCCCAUCUUCACACCCCCAUGUACUUACUCCUUGGCAGUUUGGCCUUUGCAGAUGCUUGUUCCUCAUCCUCUGUGACUCCCAGGAUGCUAAUGAAUUUUUUAUCUAACAAUCAUAUGAUAUCCCUGGUUGAAUGCAUCACCCAAUUUUAUAUUUUUGCUUCCAGUGCAAACACAGAGUGUUUCCUCCUGGUAGUGAUGGCCUAUGACCGCUAUGUAGCCAUAUGCAACCCCUUGCUUUAUCCAGUGGUGAUGUCCAAUAUAUUCUGCAUUCAGUUAUUAAGUGUUUCAUAUAUUAUUGGGUUUCUUCAUCCUAUGCUGCAUGUUAGUUUGUUAUUUAGAUUAACUUUCUGCAAGUCCAACGUAAUACAUUAUUUCUACUGUGAAAUUUUACAACUGUUUAAGAUUUCCUGUACUGACCCUAGAGUUAAUAUGCUCCUGAUUUUUGUAUUUUCAGUCUUUAUACAAUCUUUCACUUUUAUGACAAUUAUCAUCUCUUACUCCUAUGUCCUCUUCACCAUUCUGAAAAAGAAGUCUGAAAAGGGCAGGAGCAAAGCCUUCUCCACGUGCAGUGCCCACCUGCUAUCUGUCUCUUUGUUCUAUGGCACUCUCUUCUUCAUGUAUGUGUGUCCUGGGUCUGGACGAGCUGAAAAUCAAGAUAAAAUGUAUUCUGUAUUUUAUACAAUAAUAAUUCCCCUGCUAAAUCCUUUUAUUUACAGUCUGAGAAACCAAGAGGUGAUAGGUGCCUUGAGGAGAAUAAUAAAUACAUAA